UCGCCAACACUUGUUCGUCAAAUUGACUGGGUUGAUAAUCAUUGGCCGGACGCUCUACGUCAGCGAUAUAUCACGUUUAACAAGAAAGGACAUUACACCCCUCAUCAUACGUACCCGAAAGUGCAAAAGUGGGUGGUUGCACGAAUAGUUCUCCCUUUUUUUAUUCAUUUGUGUAGAAUUCCUCUAAAUAAGGAAUCAUUUGUGAUCUCUUUGCUACCACUACUAUCAGGUUUUUUCAUGCUGAUCUUUCCGUUGCACUACUGUUUGAUGAGUGUUGAACGAUGCUACACGGACUUUCAUGUCGAUUUUGGUGGCACUUCUGUGUGGUAUCACGUGCUUAAAGGGCAAAAGAUAUUCUGGUUGGUUGAGCCAAGUCUGACAAAUAUCCGCCUGUAUGAGGAAUUUGUGAAAAAUCCCGAGCAAACGGGAUUUUUCGGUCACGUUGUCGAUGAGUGCGCUAGAGUGGUACUGAACCCUGGAACGACGGCGAUUAUUCCAUCAGGAUGGAUCCAUGCUGUAUACACGCCAUCUGACAGUCUCGUUUUUGGAGGCAAUUUUCUUCAUUCACUUCGUGCUGAAAUGCAAAUUCAAGUAUACCUCAGCGAAAAUCGUAUCAAUGUCAGUCUUUCUGUUCGACUUGAGAUCUUUACUUUCUGUUUUUGCUUUAUACUGAUAUUUCUCUUUUUCGUUUUACAUCCCUGUUAUACUUGUACAACGAUGUAG